CCUCGUAUACUCUCAGAUUCUCUUUUCCCACUCAUCCAACAGAAACUGAAACGCCAAAAAAUUUUCAGUUCCUGCUCUGCUUCAAUGGGCCAUGGAAGCUCCAGGUCGAAGGAAAACGGCAACGGCACUCCAGAUUCUAAUGGCUCCCGCUUGUCUCGCUUCCGGCGGAGGCUUCACCUCCACCGCCAUCAGCAUCACCGCCUAUUCCAUCGCCGUUCACGUGGCCACGGCUCGAGCUCUGGUUCUAAUUUGAAGGUCCUGGACGCCGAGGAUUUCGCUGGCAUUGCUAUCCUCACUCUAAUCGGUGCGGAUAUGAAGGUCAAAGACAAGUGGCUUGCCUGUGUUUCUUUUGGUGAACAGACCUUUCGCACAGAUAUUUCCGAUCAGACAGAAAUGCCUAUUUGGAACGCUGUAAGUAUUCUGAAGUCUGAACCUCAUAUUUUGUAUGUCAAUCACGCAAGCAAAAAACGUCUUGCCUUUUAACUG